AUGGGCACGCAGGGGCUGGGGAUAACUUUUCUGACUUUGCCUCUCGUCGUGCAAGCAGCCGCGGGAGGGCAGUGGUGUUAUGACUCGCAGGACCCCCAGUGUGGCCCCAGCCACUGGAAGGAGCUGAAAGCCACAUGUGGUGGCAGCAAGCAGUCCCCUGUGAACAUCGACAGGCGCCGGCUGCAGCGGGACCGGGGCCUCGGGGACAUCCUCUUCGAAGGCUAUGACCAGGCCCCCCCGGGCAAGUGGAGGCUGACAAAUGAUGGGCACACAGUGAUGCUGAGCCUGGCAAGUGAGUUGGUCUCUGAGCACAUCGCCAUCAGCAGCGGGGGCCUCCCCGGCAGGUACCGUGCACUGCAGCUCCACUUCCACUGGGGCAGCCCAGCUGGGAAUGGCUCCGAGCACACUCUCGACGGGUGGCAGCUCCCCAUGGAGAUGCACAUUGUCCACAUGAACGCCAAGUACCGGACGCUGGCAGAGGCCAAGGGGCAUCCCAAUGGGCUGGCAGUCCUCGGCUUCUUCUUCCAGGUUUCUGAAACUCCUAACACCAACUACAACACCAUCGUGGCUGGGCUGAGGAACAUCUCCCAUGCAGGGGACUCUGUGGAUUUGGCCUCCACCUUCCGCCUGGGCACGCUGCUGCCGCAUGCCGGCCGGCUCUCCGGGUACUACCGCUACCAGGGCUCCCUCACCACCCCCGACUGCAGCGAGGUUGUCAUCUGGACCAUCUUUGAGGAGCCGGUGGAGAUCGGUCGGGAGCAGCUGCAGGCCUUCGUCAGCACCCUCCACUUCCCGGCCGUGGGCUCCACGCUCCCCAGAAUGACCAACAACUUCCGCCCGCCGCAGCCCCUCCACGGCCGCAAGGUCUUUGCCUCCCGGGCGGCCACGGCCAGCGGAGGGUCCCCACACAGAGUCCCCCAUCAGCUCCUGUCCCCGCUGCUCCUCCUGGCCCUGCUCGGCCCCUCCUCGCCAGCCCCGUAACACCUGGGCCAGCCGUUCACCAGCCUCCACAUGAGCAUCUCCCUGCUGCACUGGUGACGCCUCUGGUUCAUGGGUAGAUGGGACAAAACAGCACCAGGAAGCAUGUUGGGACCUUGGCUGGUCAAGAUGUUACAAACCUGGAUCUCUUCAAGCCCAGAACUGCCCUGCAAUAUGCCUGGAGCCGGGUGGUGAAGCUGCUGGGAGUGGGAUGCUUUAGGCUCUGGA